UUUGUUAUGGUAUUUAUAGUGGUAUUUUGUAAAAAAUGAAGUAGUAUUUUAUAGUAUAUUUUUGAGAUCAAAUUGGUAUUUCUCGUUUGAUCCGGCGCGGUCACGCUGUAGCUAAUGUAAUAGUUGAGAAAUCUAACAAGCAAAAUGGACCAAAAGUGCGAAACGGCAAACUGUAAUAAGGAGGCAUCACUACAAUGUCCAACUUGCAUAAAAUUAGGCAUUAGAGGCUCAUUCUUUUGUUCGCAAAUCUGUUUCAAGGGAUUUUGGAAGGUACAUAAGGCCAUUCACGUAUUAGCCGGAGUUGAGCCUAUAACUUCCGGCAAUUUUGAUGUGUAUAAUCCGUGGCCAACAUUUCGCUUUACCGGAAAGCUGCGUCCGUUUCCACAAACUCCAAAACGUGUGGUUCCCGAUUUAAUUAGGCGCCCCGAUUACGCUGACCAUCCAGAAGGGAGGUCACUGUCUGAGGAAUCCUUGCGUGGAACUUCCAUUAAAGUUCUCGAUGAUGACGAAGUCGAGGCCAUGCGUGUUGCAGGACGCCUUGGUCGUGAGUGCUUGGACGAAGGUGCUAAGGCCAUUGACGUUGGCAUUACAACGGAUGAGCUUGACCGAUUGGUACAUGAGGCAGCCAUUGAACGGGAUUGUUAUCCAUCACCUCUUAAUUAUUAUAACUUCCCAAAGUCCUGUUGUACCAGUGUUAAUGAAGUUAUUUGCCACGGCAUACCGGACAAACGCCCGUUAGAAGAUGGUGACAUAUGUAACAUCGAUGUAACCGUAUAUCACCACGGGUUUCAUGGAGAUUUAAAUGAAACCUUUUUUGUUGGAAACGUCUCGGAGAAACACAAGAAGUUGGUUCGUAUCACAUAUGAAUCGUUAAAUAAAGCAAUUGAACUAGUACGCCCUGGUGUUAAAUACCGCGAAAUUGGUAAUGUCAUUCAAAAGUAUGUCGCCCCACACGGUUUCAGCGUGGUUCGCAGCUAUUGCGGCCAUGGAAUUCAUCGCGUCUUCCAUACUGCCCCGAAUGUGCCACACUAUGCUAAAAAUUCUGCGGUCGGUGUUAUGGCAGCCGGCCAUUGCUUUACAAUAGAGCCAAUGAUAUCAGAAGGUCUGCAAAAAGCAGAGUCCUGGCCUGAUGAUUGGACUGCUGUUACUACAGAUGGUCGGUACUCCGCUCAGUUUGAGCAAACGUUGCUCGUCACAAACAAUGGCUGCGAGAUUCUAACCAAGCGUCAAGAGAACAAUGGACAGCCCUGGUUUAUGGAUAACUUGUAGUACACGUUAUGUUACAAAUAGCUUUUUUUCCAUUAUAAGUUAAACUGGUUAUAAUGAAUAUGUAGAUUGGCGGUGCAUGUCGGUAAUCAGUUGUUUCAAUGAGAUCCACGUGCCCUAAUUGCAUUCGACGACAGCAAUAACGGUUCAAGCCUAAAGCAUCAAGUACAUUUCUAAAAAUAAUUAUGUACAUACAUACAUACGUUAGUAAGAUUUGUAGAUA